AUGGGAAGCUUCACUUUACGAGCUGCAUUGUCCACCGUAGCAGUCGUCGCCGCGGGACUCGCGUUCCCGGCCGCCGAGGCCCCGGCCCCUACUCCCGCCGCAGCUCCCUGCACGACGGGCGAGCCCGUCGUCACGGCCGGAUACACCAUCAACUACGCGCCGGCCGUGCCUACGGUAGCGUUUCAGAAGGGAUACCAGCCCGACGAGGCGUGGUCUAACAGCCACGUCAUCGGCACUUAUACCUUCGGCGUCCCGACGCCCGUCGAGUCGGGCUUCGCCUACGCCCAGUUCAAGUGCCAGUACUACUGCAACAACGCCGGGAGCGGCGCCGGCAGCUUCUUCGUCAAUUACGCGGGCGAGGAGAGCAAUUCCGGCUCGUACUGCACAUGUUUCGAUGAGCUGCUGGAGCCCGAGACUUUCGUCGAAAACGAGGAGAGUCUCGUGGGUGCUUGGAACCACAUCUGCGCCAAGUAGGGUUGUUACCUACCUACCUAGGUACAGGUAAUACCGGCUAUCGGUGGGCAGGAGAGGCGGUGGAUUAUUGCAAAGUACCUAGGUAGGUAGGCACCUAACGUAACGUAAAACACGCGUUGGGAAGCGAGGAAAAAAAAGGGGCUACGGGGUUGUAGAUGGCUUAAUGCAGAUAUGGAGGGUGUGAAAUUGUCGCGGCAUGGUGUUUUGUUUUUUUUUUUUUUUGUUUUUUGUUUUUUUUUUUUUGUGAAAAAAGAAGUUGAAGCUAGGUGAAGCUAUC